UUCAGGCUAUAUUUAUGGCCGGGAUUUUUCCGAGAUGAAAGUACCCUGCCUGUUUCAUAUGACUCUUGUAUUCAGACUUCCUCCGCAUGUGACAGGGAAGCCCGACAAUAGAUGCGCAUGAAACACGAGAGAAAAUGAUUUAUUAUUAAUUAGGCGAGGAAACCUAGACAUAAGCCAAACGUAAUAUCACUUCUCGAGUCUGCUGCAAUAUCCAGGUCAUUCAUACAGCUGAAUUUGUUAUUUUGCUUCUGUACACAUUUUUUUUUUUAAAAAAACCCAAAAUUAGACUUUCAUACUUUUUUAUUCCAUCUCUUCUAUCUUGUCUAACACAUGGCUCAUGUUAUAUAUAGAACAGGUGGAUUCACGGCCACAAGGAGUGAAACUACAGGCCCGGAGUUUGUUGGAUUGCUGGCUGUUGUUAUUUUGACCACUAAGUCUGGGAUGAGUCAGGAUAUCUGACACAGGACUGCUGCUCGGUAGUAAUGGUAGCACCAAGUGUAGAGUUACCGACCCGUUGCUACAGCAAUGUUGCUCAGCAACAUCCGAUAACAUUAAAGACAUGUUGAGAUCAGGUUAGACAAGAGGCUCAGACCUGCUUUUGUUUUUGUGUCCCAAUAGGAGAGCAGUUUGGCGAUUUCAGCACCCUGGACAGCGACUGGUCAUAGUGAACAGCUCCAGGCAGGUUUAUAAGAGCUCUUGUUUGUUUGUUUGUUUGUUUGUUUGUUUGUUUUGAUAAGUAUUGGCUGUCCUGAAGAGACGAAUAUGGAUGUAUGUUUCACACACACCAAGGAAUCUAAGUGUGUAACAACCCUGAGAGACUGCGUUUAGAGGAAUGUUCAGGAAGAUUAAUAAUGUGUUCCGUCCCAACCAUCACGGACACAGAGGGCGGGAUAAUGGAGGUGGUGGUGGGUUUCGGUCCGAGCAGGACUACCACAACGCCUGCACCGUCCGGCUGGUCCGCAGCACUUCCAUGCUGGUGGUGGGAGAGAGGACUCAGGCAGCCGCUGGCUCCACUUUAAAACGGAGCAAAAGCACGGUGAGCAUCGAGUCGACCUUGUACUAUUAUCAGAGACAAGAGGACAGGAUAUGGCUCUACUCUCAGAAUCAGAACUGCCUGGAGUACCUGGAGGCACUUGUGGCUUUGAGGCGGCAAUACACAAAGAGUGUGAGUGACUUGAAAAGCAACGACACCAAGGCCACAGUCUCCAAUAAGAAGAAGCGCCCCCCGCCGCCUAAAAAGGAAGAACCGAUAUCAAGGGCCAAACCCUCUGCCCCUCCAGUCCCCGAUGAGGAGGACACUUUGCAGUUCUUUGAUGCGGUCAUCGCCAGCUGCGACAGCGAGCCUCUGUGCAAACCUUACACUGAUGAUGGACACGCAGAUGUGGACUUCAUAGUGGCCUCCAGCUCAGCCGAACACGACCUCCACUCUAACUGGGUCUUGCGGGUUCCUCGGGUCACAGGUGACUCCAAACAGAAAGCAGUUCAUGACUGUGCCAAGGAAAGCGCCCCGAAGAAGAAAAACCAGAGCGGGUCCACGAGUAGCCGACUGCGGCUGCAGAGGAACCCGAUCCAUCUGCCCAAAGUGGUCGAGAGCGCAUUCCAGACUCUGCGCUUCAAGCCCAAAUUAAAAAAGCAGUGAAGCUUGAUAGACAUUUGAAACCAGCCGCACUGCCACACUGCUGACGUAGAGGUCAACUUAGUUUGUAUGGACACCAUGCGUGGCUAAAAAUCCAUCCAGCCAAUUCAUACUAGCAUAAAACAUUUAAAGGAAUUUUAAUAAAGUAAAGUUUGAAAACAACAAAACACCGAUUACAUAAAGUUAAUUCCUCUUGGUCCCAAUUUUUUCACACAAGAUCUUUUGCCAUAUCAGGAAGUGCACAGAUGUUACUAAUAACAUGAACAAUUGCUCUGUUCUGAUAAAGUGUCCCCAUAAGUCAUGACAGUGUGAGGAUGAACCAGCAUGCACAAUACCAGGACCCUCAAACUGAAGCAGCUAAAUGGAAUCCAGCCCUCAUUAAUUAAAUGUUUUUCCUACGGUGAAAUGUCAGCAUGUCUCUUUUUUAAAAAAAGGCCUGUCCAGUGUUGUUUGCUUCAGGGAUUAUUUUAAUUCCCUGAAGCAAACGAUACAGAUUGAU